AUGAAGGAGCUUGGAGAGCUGAAACACUUUCUGGGGCUCGAGGUUGAUAGGACAAAAGAAGAAUUAUUCCUAUGUCAACAAAAGUAUGCACGAGAUCUCUUGAAAAAAUUCGGGAUGCUCGAUUGCAAACCUAUAUCUACUCCGUUGGAUGGGAACGCAAAGCUAUGUGCUGAAGAAGGUCGAGAGCUAGAAGAUUCGUCUAUGUAUAGGCAACUGGUAGGUAGUCUAAUCUACCUUACCAUAACUCGGCCUGACAUCGCUUUUGCAGUGGGAGUAGUGAGUCGAUUCAUGGAGAAGCCAAGGAAGCCUCACUUGGAUGCAGCCAAGCGUAUCCUGAGGUAUGUAAAGAAGACUUUUGAUUUUGGGCUUUUGUAUAAAAAAGAAUCAUCGGGUGAGUUGGUCGGUCGUUGUGAUGCCGGCUAUGCUGGAGAUCAACACACACGGCGAUCAACUACUGGAUACUCGUUUCAUCUUGGAUCAGCAGUAGUAUCCUGGUGCAGUAAAAGACAGCCGACUGUGUCUUUGUCUACAACAGAAGCUGAAUACAAAGCAGUAGAAAUGGCAGCUCUGGAGAGCAUGUGGCUAGUGCCGUUAUUGGAUGAUCUUCAUCAGUCGAUAGAUUAUUCGACAAUAUUGUAUUGUGAUAAUCUAUCCGCUAUAAGCUUGGCAGAAAAUCCAGUUUUCCAUGCUAGGACUAAGCAUAUGGAAGUCCACUAUCACUUUCUGAAAGAGAAAGUGUUGGAGGGCGAGAUCAAGAUGGAGUACACCAAGACAGGUGAUCAAGUUGCUGAUAUCUUCACCAAAGGUCUUGGAGCUGCAAAGUUUGAAGAGUUUCGAACUCAACUCGGUAUGGUUUCAAAAUCUAUCCUAAGAGAGAGUAGUUGGUGA